CUCUGUCUUACAUAUACCACACAAAAGGUUUUGCAUAAAAUGUGAUACCUGUGCAACUCUUAAUGCAAGUCAAACGAAUAUAAGUUGAGUCAAACGUGAGUUUACAAAGAGGAACACAGCGGCCGUCCGUCUCAAGCUCCAGCUCUGUUUAUUUGCAGCCUAUAUUUCAGUGAAGAACCACAAGAAGAAAUGACGCUGACGCUGAUUCAGAUUCAGAUUCUGCUCGGAGUGGUGUGGAAGAUCUGUUGCGCUCCACACGCUUUCAUUCUGAUCCCAGAGCAGAAGAUCUGGAACGACGCUCGGUCAUACUGCAGGGAGAAACAUCUGGACCUGGCCACCGUUCAGAGCCAUGACGAUCGCUCCAUGAUCCAGGAAGCAGCGGAUGAAAGGAAUCUCGACUCGUAUGCCUGGAUUGGGCUGUACGACGGCCUGAGCACCUGGCGUUGGUCUUACGGGAAGCAGGCGAUGGGGUUUACGAAUUGGCAGUCGCAGGAGCCCAACAGGGACCGGACACAAGAUGCUUGUGCAUUUAUAACCAGUAGUGGAGAAUGGAUUGACACGAGCUGUGCUGAACAAAGAUUUUUUGUUUGCUACCAACGAAAUAGCUUGAUAAACUAUCAUUUCAUCAAAACCAGAAAGACGUGGCUCAACGCUCUGCAGCACUGCAAAAUAUACAACACAGAUUUAGCCUUAAUAACAAGUGUACUUGAGAACACACUUGUGCUCAUUUCAACUAAAAUGGAAGGGGAAGCAUGGAUCGGCUUGUCCAGGAACAUGUGGCUGUGGUCUGACGGUACUCACGUGUCACACCUGUCGAUGUCAUGGAUCCACACGCAGCCUGAUAAUCUGUAUGGAAGCGAAUCGUGUGGUUACGUCCGUGCCGACGGAGCCAUCGGUGACUGCGUGUGCUCGGUUCCACGUCCGUUCUUCUGCACCCAAAUCAGAAAGCGGCAAACGUUGAUGGUGUCGGUGACCGCAGAGGAUAAUCUGACAGAGUUUACAGUGAUGGCGGCCGUGGAAGAGAAGAUAAAUCAGGUCCUGUCAGGGAAGGGGAUGGACGCUGGAUCCAACGUAACACUGAGGACAUAUUCACACCAAAUCUUCCAUGAUGAAGUCACUGAAGAGUCGACGUCACGGUGUGAAAAGGAGCCAUCGACCGCUUGAUUGACUGGAAUUAUUGAAGAUGAUCAUCUCUGUAGAUUAUUUAUGUGACCUAUAGAAUAUGAGAUCAUGUUUCCAUUGUAAAUGUAAUAGUAAGAAACCCAUUCGUUGGCUGACUUCACAGCUGUGAGUUUGUAUCUAAGCAGCUUUUCCAUUUGCACCACUUUCAGGAUCUCAGUUAAGAGUUUGAAGAUUUUAAAACUUCAAACUUAAUAUUCUUGCUAGUUUUAGAAAAUGUUUACAUAUUGUUCCCUUUUAUUUUAUUUUGUGUAAUGUAAAGCAAUAUUUCACUGUACUAAUAUAGACGGUUUCAGGGCAAAUGUUAUGUGGCCCAAACUGAACUUCCGCUAGAUCUUGAAAAGAAUCAAUAACUGUUGAGUAAUUUUCAUUC